UGUUGUCCCCGUUUCAGCCUUUCUGUUUCAGCUCUCAGAUGAGAUGGACGACCAGGAGGCUUUGGAUUUAGAGAUCGCUUUUCAAGAAGCUGCUGACGGAAACGACCGUGAAGUCGAAGCGAAUUUCGCCAACCUAGAAGGCGGUCAAGGCGGAGAUGGAGAAAUUCACAACUGUCUUGGUGGCUACGAAUACGAAUUUGUGGACGGGAUAAAUGACGAUCAGAAGUGUCCAGUGUGCCUUUUUCCGAUGAAGGAUCCCGUUCAAAUUGAGUCAUGUGGCCAUAGACUUUGUAGAGAAUGUCUGAAGGGGAUUCUGGGGAGCGGUAAUCCAGUUUGUCCAAAGGAUCGGGAAAUAAUUAAUAUUGAUAAGGUCUUUUCAGACAAGGGCUUUGCCAGAGGAAUGUUAUCCCUUGAAGUUAGAUGCUUACAGAGUGAUAGAGGAUGUCUGUGGGUUGGUCAGUUGCGACAUGCAGAGGAACAUAUUGGGGAGUGUUCUUAUGAAGAUCAAAAUUGUUUGGCUUGCGACGCUCUUGUUCAAAGGCGACAUUUAGAAAUGCAUCAAAAUGACUCAUGCCCCAAAAGAAUCAUAGAGUGCGCUCACUGCCAGGAUGAAUACACUUUUAUGGAAAAACAGGCAAGUAUACGACUUGGCAUUUUAGAGAUCAUCCAUUAA